GCGAGGCAGUAUUGCGUUGCACACAGUGACUUCACAAUGAAACAGUUUCAUUGCGUCUAUAAGUAGAGUAGGACGCAUACUCACAAAGGACAUCAACUACUGAUCUUGAACAUCAUUGCAUACCCAACAUGACAACUACUGGUACCGCUGCACAAGUCCUUGGCAUAUCCGUGGCUCUUGUAGGAGCUGGUGGUAUCGCUGCUCUCAGUCUUUUCGAUGUUCCCGAACUCCAAGCACAACCGGCAGAUCGAUCACUUCCUGCCAUCAGAUGGUUGUUCUCAAGAGGCUCUCAUAUCUUUCCGCAAGCUGCUGCCCUUUCUGCGGCUGGCUUCGCCUAUGCAGCAUACGACACCCUUCCGCAACACACUAGAUCUCUAAGCCAACUUCUCAAAGGCACAAAUCCCAAGACCAACGGCUUUCUAGCAGCUGCCGUAUUGGCGAUCUCGAUUGGGCCAUUUACGUCCUACAUGUUGUCAAACAAUUUUGCACUUGUCGAAAAGAAUGAGAAGUUGGGAGGUGCGCGUAGUCAGAAGUCUGCUGAGCAACAACGUCAGCAAGGUCGGCGACCUGGUCAAGGCAGCGCCGAGGAUUCCGUCAAUAACAUACGUGGUGUUGAUGAGUUCCGAGAUCUGAGCAACCCGAUGGCAAAAACUGAUUUAUCGUCAUCUGAGGCAGAUGAUCGUGAAGUGAGGGAGAGGCUAGGGAAGUUUGGUGGGCAGAAUAUGGUGCGGGCGGUCUUACUUGGAGGGGGUGGCAUUGUAGGGCUCGUUACUGCUUUACUUUAAAGCGGUGGAGAGCGAGCUUAUGUGGAGGAUCUUAGUGCAAAU